AUGGCGGACGCCCCGACGAUCUCGGCGAUCAAGGACCUCGACGACAUCUUUGGCGAGUCCAGUGCGACCUCGAGAGCUCCAUUAGACGCAUCUUCGGUCGACCUGCUGCAGGGCGGCCUUGGGCCAUCGACGGCGAGCGGCGCCACGUGGGACUCGGUGGCGCCAAGCGCCGCUGCGGCCGACGCCACGACUGGGCGGCUCUCGUGGGGCGACGAUCUCGCCGAUUUCAUGUCGACGGGCAGCAGCCACGCGGCGCCGGUCGCGGCGCGCGAGAGCAUGUGGGAUGACUUUCUCGGUCUCUCGCAGCCAGGCCCGACCACUGUCGCGCCCGUGACGCACGACCUCAACUUCUCGGAGGACUUGCGCGAAUUCUGGGUCCACUCGCCCCGCGCGCAGCCUCCAGCCACCGCGUCCUACGACUUUAUCGCGCUCGACUCGCCGGCGCCGUCGGGGCCCGAUCCGUUCGCAGCCGACGCUACCUCGCAAGGAAUUCUCUUGCCUGGUACUAUAUCGUCGUUUCCGACAGAGCCCGAGCCGACGCGCUACGCACCGUCUGUCAUGGCGCCGUCCUCCUUUGAGAUCCCGUCGCCGGUCCACGACGAGCCGACGAUGGCUGCAGCAGCCUUUGUCGGGUCCGACUCGCCUGCCGCCGCCAACGACGCGACCGAGCUCUCCUUUGCAACCCCAAUCCCUUUGCAUGACCACAUGAACCGCGAUGUCCAGGACGGUGUGCCUCACGACGAGACAGCCAACAUCGGUGUCGAGACCUGCACACAGGACGGCAGCGCAGACAAGGACGGGUGCCAGAGUUUUGAUGCGACGACCGUCGGCAGCGGGGCACAUGACGACGAGAAUGCCCCGCCGACGAUCGGCGACGAAGUCGAUGGCUUCCUCGAGGUCGACGCUGCAACACACGGUGACACCAACGUCGUCACAACAGUCCGUGCGCCUUGCGAUGACAACGCUCUGUCAUCGACGCCGGCCAUCGGCGAGGAUGUCUCUGGCUUCCUCGACGAUGACGCUGAGACAGAUGCUGUCCUGUAUGCGUCGGCUGCCGACGUUGCAGUUGUCCAAGGCGUCGCUGCGGUGCCUCCGACGUCUCGGACCAUGGCCGACCAAGACAGUACAGACGAGGACAAUGACGAUGAUGAUAUUGUGAGCAAGGAGUCGACCGACGUCGUGUCCAGCGGUGGCACGGACGUUGUCGACGAGCACAUCCAGCACGACCAAGCACCAGACGAAGUUGUGGCCCGCCACGACCCCGACGGUGCUGCACGACUUGAACCAUCGUCGAGAGAUGUGCCCACUGACGACAGUACCGACGGCCAGGUCCCAGAACCGACGUCAACCGUCGCCGUCGUCCUCGAGCUCGAGGAAAUGCCCCCGCUGCGGUAUGAUGACGAGGCCAUUCACGCGGGCCUCGUCGACAGCUUCGCAAACCAGUUUUCAAUUGAUGACGACGAGGAACCAGGAGACGUCGUCAACGAUGCCGUCGUCGAAGCAGACGUCGUCGAAGGAGCAGGCGUCCUCGAAGAAGACGUCGUCGAAGGAGCAGGCGUCCUCGAAGAAGAAGGAGCAGGAGUCGUCGAAGAAGGAGAAGUCGUCGUCCAUGACCUCGCCACUGCCUCGAUCGACACUACCUCCACAUAUGCGACGUCCGUGGAGGACGCCAUGUCCGCGGUGCCGACAGUGACGUCGGUCGACGCUUCAGAGCCGACAACGUCCAUCGAUGACGAGGCAAGUGUUUUCCAAACCGACGAUGUCGGUGCGCUUCACUACAACGACAAUGCGUCCAACUUUGCAACGGAAGACAGUCACUCGGUGUACCAGGACCUCGUGAGCCCCGUGUCGCAGGUCGUGUCCCACCUUGACGCGUACGACGACGUCGGGCUGUCGGACGACGACGGCUACGUGGCGUUUAGCGAACCGUCGUCGCCCGAGCGGGUAGCAGCCAACGACGUCUCGAGUCCGGCAGGCCAUAGCGUUUUCUCGUUCAUGAACCCUGCUGACAACGCUGCGCCCGAAGAUGGCGACGACGUCUCCAACGUGGCCACAGAAGACAGUCGCUCCGUGUACCAAGAUCUUGUGAGCCCAUCCUCGGAGCAAGCGCUGAACGACCCGAUGAUGAUGGAAGCGCCGUCACCGUCGGCGUCGACGGUCGAGUUUACCGUCACGAGCUCCGUGGACGACGACGACGAAGAGACGACGGCUGACUGGACAGCGUCCAAUUCGGACCAAACGCUCUCGGUCGGUAGCCCCGCCGCCCACCACGAAGUCCUUGACGCGGCGUUUGCUGCAUCGACGUCCGCCAGUACCUUCUCGUACGACGACGACGACCUUGGCGUGGAGAAGACGGUGACGAGCGACUGGGCAGCACCACCAGCGUCGACACUUGACACUGUACUCAAUGCGGUGGAUCUGGACGACGACGACGACGACGACACCACGCCCGACGUGGUUGCGGCGGGUGCAACCACCGACGCAGGUGAAGACGAUACGAUCAUUGCCGAACCGAUUGCACCGGCUGUCGACGAACCGACGGAGGUGCUAGAGGAGAGCCCAAGUAGCCCUGUGGAAGCAAUAGUCGCGGACACGUCGUCGGGCGAGUGGGUCGACUCUUCGGCUGGUAUCGACGCUAACUUCUCCGUUGCAGUUGACAACGACGACUCGGCUGCUGUCGACUACGACGACUCGACUACUGCCGAAGACGCGACAUUGGUCCCGAACGACGUGUUCACAGCCAGCCCGUGGCAGAGUACCACGGCGACGGUGCAGGAAGAAGACACGGCAGUGUUCUCGAUCAACGACGCGGCGUCAUCGGCCGCGGCAACCCCGUGGCUCGAGCAAGUCGCACCGGUCAAUGACACACCAUCGAGUGCGAGCCAUUCUUGGCUCUCGGCCAGCGCCAAUGAUGACGCCGCCUUUGGUACCGAGUCGACGACGACGGUCGCUGCCGACAACUCUUUUGCAGAAGACGACGACGUCGAUGUGGCGUCGAAUCCGUGGCUUCAAGAGACAGCUCGAGUGCCCGAAGAGAGAAUCGAGCCGCGGCUUUCUGCUGCCGACAAGGAUAGAGCCCCGCCCGACUCGGCGCCCGUCGACGCCAAUCCGUGGUUGCAGUCCAGUCCCCCACCGGCGCAACCGACCAACCCAUGGCUAACGGCCACCGCCACGAACGACGACGAUGACGACGAUGGGUUUGAGAACCCGUGGGCAACCGCACCCGCCGCGCCAGCCGCGUCACCUGUAGUAAGUAACCCGUGGUUCACCGCACCUGCCGCCGCAACACCGGUGUUCACCGCACCUGCGGCGACGGAGAGCAACCCGUGGCUACCCUCGGCGCCUGCUGUCCCGUCGUCUGCACCAGCCGACAGCAGCGCGCGGUCGUCACCCGCGCCGUCCGAUUUGGGCAACACAACGCCGUGGACGGAGCGCGCCGCUGUCGUUCGCACGGUGGCCGCCAAUGCGACGUCGUCGUGGCUCAGCGCAGGCUCCGCCAAGGUGCAGCAAGAUACGCCGGUGGACGAUGACUUUGGCGACUUUGUGGCUGUCGAGAAGGCGCCAGCCAAUGAGUGGGCGACGUCAACGCCGGCCAAUGACGGUGGCUGGGGGGUCCAGCCCUCGGCGUGGGCCGGCAACGACAACGACAACGACGACGAUUUCGGCGACUUUGGCGAGCAAGCCGAGGACGAUUUCGCGAGCUUUGAAGCGCCGGCAACAAGCGCAGGGUAUGUCUCGGGCUUUGACUCGUUUGCGCCACCCGCCGCCACACCACCGGUGGUCACCGCCGACGCGCUGUUUAUGGCGGCGUUUCCGGUACCGGCACCGACGACGACCGAGGCGCUUUCGAUGCUCACGACCCAAGACGUGCUCGGCUCGAUCGACUUUCCGAGUGUGAGACGUCCAGUGACGGCGGUGCCGACGAACGAGGCGACGCGCAUGACACGGACAGCGUCCGGGUCGCUCGUGCCCGCACCGCCGUCGUCGUCGUCGUCGGGUCUCAUGAAGAAGUUUUCAUCGAAAUUGGGCUUCUCGGGGCUGCGCACCGGGUGGAGCAAGCCCUCGACCAAGACGUCGACGCUGACACUGCGACGCAAGGGCGACAAGGCGACGCGGUCGCUGGAAUUGCAGCUCGAGUCGAUCUCUGGGGGGUUUGACGAGAUCAAGUGGAAGUGCGCGCUCUUCCUCUUUGAUGCGGACGAGGUGGCCUCGACGGCGCCAUCCCAGAUUCAAGUACUUUCGAGUUCGGGCGCCAUCUUGUCGUCCAAGACGGACAAGGGCGCGGUGCAAAAGCUCUUUAAGGACAAGGCAAGUGUCUGGACCAUCGACAUUGGUGCAUCGCGCGAGUCGACGGAGGAGUAA